AUGCAUACUAGCGAGUCCAUUGGCGCUUCCACGCGUUCCCUACACGCUGACGAUGCCUUCAACGUCGUCACAGAUGUUGCCCCUCCAAUUCACCUCUCCACCACAUUCCGUUACUCAGAUGAUCCCAACCAAUUAGUUCCUUACGCUGAUCUCUCCGCAACCAGCAGCCCAACAACCCACGUUUACUCCCGCGCCACAGCCCCCAACCCCUCCCGCCUGGAAGCCAUCCUCUCCUCGCUCAUCCACGCCGAAUCAAUCACCUACUCCUCCGGCCUCUCAGCCCUUCAUGCAGCCCUCACCCUCCUCAACCCCCGCCACAUCUCCGUCGGCGAUGGCUACCACGGCUGCCACGGUGUCAUCGCCCUCUUCACUCGCCUCACAGGCCUCAAGAAACUAGAACUAGACUGUCCCCCCGACGCCCUGGAAAAAGGCGACGUCAUUCUCCUCGAAACCCCUGUUAACCCUUACGGCACCGCUUUCGAUAUCGCCCACUAUGCCGAGAAGGCCCAUCAGCGCGGCGCCAUCCUCAUCGUUGAUUCGACCUUUGCCCCGCCCGGCUUGCAGGAUCCUUUCCUCCACGGUGCCGAUAUCGUCAUGCACUCCGGCACCAAGUACUUUGGUGGCCAUAGCGAUAUGCUCUGCGGUGUCCUUGCUACCAAGAACGCAGACUGGGCCAGCCAGCUGAAGACCGAUCGCGUCUUCCUUGGUAGUGUCAUGGGUAAUCUGGAGAGUUGGCUUGGGGUGCGCUCGCUGCGCACGCUGGAAGUCCGUCUGCAGCGCCAGAGUGACAAUGCUACGCGUUUGGUGGCUUGGUUGGAUUCUUGCUUGCGGGUUCGCGACCCCGAGGCUAAGAGUGAUGCGGCUGUUGUGCAGGCCGUUCUCAAGCAGAUCUUCCAUGCUAGCGUGCAGAAGGUUGAGGGCGAUUGGUUGGAGAAGCAGAUGCCGAAUGGCUUUGGGCCCGUUUUUGCUAUUGUUAUGACUGAGGAGCGCUUUGCUAAGGAGUUGCCGGCCAAGUUGGGCCUGUUUCAACAUGCUACGAGUCUUGGGGGUGUUGAGACGCUUAUUGAGUGGAGGACUAUGUCCGAUGCUACUGUUGAUCGGAAGUUAUUGAGGGUUAGUAUUGGAUUGGAGAACUGGGAGGAUUUGAAGAAUGAUUUGGCUAGAGCCUUUAGAGAGUUGAUUCAAUAG